AAAGGACCCAGAAAAAAAUGAGUUAUCCAAAGAGCACACGGGGAAAUGCAUGAGAUAUGGAGAAUGAAUGCAAAGCAUGAAAUCGAGGAACUUGUGAAAUCAAAAUCAAGCCAUAAAAAUUGAAGAAAAAAAAAAAAGAAGGUCGGUGGUAUGGCAGAGAGAUGAUUACAGUCUUUACAGAAACCCAGAAAGGCAAGUAAGAAGGUAAUGACAGACACGUAUUGCCCAGAGUGCAAGAGGUACACGGAGGUGGUGUUGGACCAUUCCGCCGGCGACACUGUCUGCUCCGAGUGCGGUCUUGUUCUCGAAGCCCACUCCAUCGACGAGGCCUCCGAGUGGCGCACCUUCGCCAACGAGUCCGCCGACAACGACCCUGUCCGAGUCGGGGGGCCCUCCAACCCUCUCCUCGCCGACGGCGGCCUUUCCACCCUUAUCUCCAAGCCCUCCAAUGGCGGACCCUCCAAUGACUUCCUCUCUUCCUCACUGGGUCGGUGGCAGAACCGCGGCUCCAACCCUGACCGCUCCUUGAUUCAGGCCUUCAAGACCAUCGCCACCAUGUGUGAUAGGUUGGGCCUGGUUGCAACCAUAAAGGACCUGGCCAAUGAGAUUUAUAAGAAAGUAGAAGAUCAAAAGCCCCUCAGAGGAAGAAAUCAGGAUGCAAUUUUGGCAGCAUGCAUAUACAUUGCUUGUCGACAAGAAGAUAAACCCCGCACUGUAAAAGAAAUUUGUUCGGUUGCCAAUGGAGCCACAAAAAAGGAAAUUGGCCGAGCCAAAGAGUACAUUGUAAAACAACUAGAGGUAGAGAUGGGUCAAUCCAUGGAAAUGGGAACCAUUCAUGCUGGGGACUUUCUGCGGCGCUUUUGCUCCCAUCUUGGCAUGACCAAUCAGGCAGUCAAGGCCGCCCAAGAGGCUGUUCAGAAAUCUGAAGAGCUUGAUAUAAGGAGAAGCCCAAUUUCAGUGGCAGCAGCUGUUAUUUACAUGAUAACUCAAUUAUCGGAUGACAAGAAGCUUCUCAAAGAUAUUUCUCUUGCUACUGGAGUUGCUGAAGGGACCAUCCGGAACUCCUAUAAGGACCUUUAUCCUUACGCUUCCAGGAUAAUACCCAGUUCAUAUGCCAAGGAGGAAGACCUCAGGAAUCUCUGCAGCCCUUAGAAAUAUACGCCAUGGCACCAUUUUUAAUGUUUGAUGCUGCUUCAGUUCGCAAACUUGACUUGCUCUUGUAGUCUUAAUGUAAUUAGUAGCAAGCGUUAAAUGUAUUCUUUGACCCAUAACAGCAAGAGUCGGUGCCAAGGGAUGUCAUAUCAGGAAAGGUUUGGGGAAGUUCUGCCCACCCCAUGAAGAUGCCUGUUGAUAGGUAGAGGCUGGACAUCCCAUAGCUCCUAAGUUUAUAUGUUUCAGUUCCUUUCUUUUCUGUUGCUGAUAACAUGAUUGCCUGUUGAAACAGCUAUCUGGUCUUUUCUUUUCUUCCC